CGCCGGGCCCCGUGAGCGGAAGUUGUCGGGGAGGCGGAAGCGAGCGCGGGAGGCGGCGGGGCCCAUUAAAGCCGACGAGGCGGGCGGGGGGCGCAGCGAUCGGGCUUGGGCCGCGGCGGCAGCACCAGUGUGAAAGAUGACUUCUAGGAAGAAAGUGUUACUGAAAGUCAUCAUCCUUGGAGACUCUGGGGUGGGAAAGACAUCGCUCAUGAACCAGUAUGUGAACAAGAAAUUCAGUAACCAGUACAAGGCUACGAUAGGUGCAGACUUCCUGACAAAAGAGGUGAUGGUGGAUGACAGGCUAGUGACGAUGCAGAUAUGGGAUACAGCAGGCCAAGAACGAUUUCAGUCUCUGGGAGUUGCCUUCUACAGGGGAGCAGAUUGCUGUGUGCUGGUAUUCGAUGUCACGGCUCCCAACACGUUCAAAACCCUAGACAGCUGGAGGGAUGAAUUCCUCAUUCAGGCCAGUCCAAGGGAUCCUGAGAAUUUUCCUUUUGUUGUGCUGGGAAACAAGAUUGACCUAGAAAACAGACAAGUCACCACAAAACGGGCACAAGCCUGGUGCUACAGUAAAAACAACAUCCCCUACUUUGAAACCAGUGCCAAGGAGGCCAUUAACGUGGAACAGGCUUUCCAGACGAUUGCACGAAAUGCACUUAAACAGGAAACCGAAGUGGAACUUUACAAUGAAUUCCCCGAACCCAUCAAACUAGACAAGACUGACCGAGCGAAGGCUUCUGCGGAGAGCUGCAGCUGCUGAGGGGAGUGGGAGGGGUUGAGCACAGUCCUUCACAAACAAAUAUCACACUUAGGCCUUCAAACACACAGCCCCUCUUCUGUGUUUAAAAUGAAAUUACAAAAAAAAAAAAAAUUGCAUCUCCAGCUGCCAAAAUCCACCCAUCUCUCAUGAGCAUCUGAGUCCUGCACUUCAGAGCUCAGGUCCCCACACCAUCCACAUCACACUUCAUGGUAACAGACCUUUCUCUUAGUUUAAAAUGGAAACUGUUAUGUAUGUUUGGAACUGAAUCUAAUUCCAGGUGUCCAAUGGAGAGAAACUGUUUACAGGUAAUCUGUGUAACAAGUAACAUACAUUUUUAACUGUCUCGUGUUUUCCCCUGUGAAGGCUGCGAUUGGAAAGGCUGAUUACCCAUAGUUCAUUGCAAGCUCAGCACUCAGUCAGACUAGGUUGAGUUUUGUAUGUAUCUCUGUUAAUGCUUGUUACUUUUAACUAAUCAGAUCUUUUUACAGUAUCCAUGUAUUAUGUAAUGCUUCUUUAGGAAAAAUCUUAUAGUACAUGUUAAUAUAUGCAACCAAUUAAAAAUGUAUAAAUUAGUGUAAAAUUCCUGAAUUACAUGUUCAAGUACUGAAACACAGGUUGUGUAGAAAGUGAGGAGGACACUUGUGACCUGCGGCGUGCUAGCAACACAGAGUCCAGAUAGAGGCAGUAUUCUGUACAGUAGAGAUGAACUAUGUAAGCCUUCUUGUUUUGAGGCCAAAGAGGCUUCAUCUUCUGGAAAAAUCUGUCUGGCUUCCUUGUAUCUAAAUUCUCAGAUUUGCAUAACAGCAUUGAUAUGCACACUGGAUUAUUGGAUUUAAAAUUAAAUACAGCUAUGAAAUGA